AUGGUGGGCGGCGUCCACUCGCUGUACCUCAUCGUGCCGCUGCUGCUGCUGCUGCUCAUCAUGGCGGCCGUGGCGGUCAGCGUGUGGCGCUGCCACUCCCUGAAGCGCGCGCAGCCCCGCAGCCCGGGCCUGGGGCCCCCCCACCACGGCCACGUGCUGUCGGUGGUGUCCAGCGAGCGCUGGGGGCGGGACUACCAGCACGCCGACCCGGCGGAGCUCAGCGUGCACAGCAGCCCCGCCUGGCCGGGCUCGGAGGGGGGGCCCGGGCGGGGGGGCGACCCGCCGCCCUCCUACGAGGAGGCGGUGGGCCACGGCGACGUGCUGGUGGAGACGGAGCCCCCCCCCCAGUACGAGGACAUCGUCAACAGCAGCGCCAGCAGGGGCGGAAGGAGCGGGCGACCCCGCCAAGCCAAAACCGGUCACCAGCUGGGCCGCCCCCUCCCCACCGUGGGGGCGACAUGUAAGAGGACGACCCGCUUCAUCAGCAGAACGCUUAUGACCGAGUCGCUCAAAUUUGACACGGACUCCUCGGACUGGGUCCAAGUGACUAAUUCGUGA